AUGUUCUCUUUGACUGCAACAUCAUAAAGCAUGGCACACAUAUUGAAGACACUCAACAGCUGGUUCUGGUGGGAGAAUAUCUGGAUGCCUAUCAAUGUCACAUGGGAACAUUUUGUGGACCGUGAUGGACUUGUCUUUCCAAAGCCACAUCAGUUAUAUGCCACAAUACCGUAUGCUUUUGUAUUGCUGAUUAUCCGAUUCUUAAGUGAAAGAUUUGUUGCUAUACCUCUAGCAAAAGCCUUAGGUAUAAAGAACGUAAGACGUGUGAAGCCACAGCCUAAUCCUGUUUUAGAGAGUUAUUUCCGGGAGUGCUCAAGACAUCCAUCCCAAUCAGAGAUUCAAGGCCUUGCCAAAAAGUGCAACUGGACGGUCCAUUUGGUGGAAAAGUGGUUUAGGAGACGGCGAAACCUUGAAAUCCCAACAGUGCUUCGGAAAUUCCAGGAAGCUUUCUGGCGAUUUUCAUUCUAUCUUGCAUCCUCUAUUGCUGGAUUUAUAUUUCUGUACGAUAAACCCUGGUUUUACGACAUAUGGCAGACGUGGGUUGGCUACCCGUUUCAGACUCUGCUGCCAUCCCAAUAUUGGUACUACAUGGCUGAGAUUGGGUUUUAUUGGUCUCUCUUAUUUAGACUUGGGAUUGACAUCAAAAGGAAGGAUUUCAUGGCUCAUGUCAUUCAUCACUUGGCAGCCAUUGGGUUGAUGAGUGGCUCUUGGUGUGGCAAUUACGUGCGUGUUGGAACGCUGGUGAUGUUUGUGCAUGACACAGCAGAUUUCUGGCUUGAGGCAGCCAAAAUGUUUAAUUACGCUCACUGGGAGAAAACCUGCAAUAUGCUCUUUAUCCUCUUUUCUAUUGCAUUCUUCAUCACAAGAAUCAUCCUCUUCCCCUGCUGGAUUCUUCGUGCCACGUUGUAUCAGCCUACAUACUACUCCACGACUCCUGUCAUAGCGUAUUUUCUAUUCAACGGGCAGCUAUUGAUCCUCCAAGGCUUGCAUUUAUACUGGGGUUACUUAAUUCUCAAGAUUUUGAAAAGGUUCAUUUUCUAUAAGGACUUGAAAGAUGACCGGAGUGAUGAAGAAGAGGAAGAUUCUGUUACAGAUAACGAAGAGGAGCCCACAAAGAACGGCAACAAGAACAGCUGUGGGUCAAGCAAACAUCUCCUAAACAGCAGUCACCACUAGCCCCCUCCUGCCUCACCUCCUGCAGUGAUUUCUGCUCUGUUUUUAACCCAACCUACAGGAUAGAAUUGAAGUCAAAAGGCUUAGCAGAGACUUUGAUUGAUUUAUUGUUGGCUACUGGACCUGGAAAAAAGCCCAGUCUAGAGGGGAGGGGAAAGUUGCAUAACAUAACAAAAUGUGUUAAUGACCCAUUUCUGAAUCAUUGCUAAGUGUUUGGAACGGCGUUUGGACACACCGACUGUUCUGCUCUGACAGUGCUCAACGAGGUAAAAGCUCAAGAGCAUCAGAUGGUUCAGUGUCCC